GUAGUUCUGUGUUUCAACGUUGUUAUGGUAACAACAAACAGUUGGACGACUUUUGGAGGAAUUUUGAGAUUACCUAAACAUUACCUUUUUUAUUCAAAGGGUUAGAUUUAACUAUUUAUUUUUUUGAUAGAAUUCUCUCGCGUACUAUGUCGUCCUUCAUUUCCAAUGUCUCUGCUAUGAAUAAAAAGAAACUGCAAAAACUAGCAGAAUCGUUAAGUAAAACAGCGAAGCACUUCAAUAAACAUGAAGUUCAUUGUUUGAUAAAACUUUUUAAUGUAUUGAUGGGAGAGCAAAGUGAACAGCGGCCUAAGAAUGGCUUGGAUCGUAGUAAAUUUAGAAACAUUUUGCACAACACAUUUGGAAUGACUGAUGACAUGAUUAUGGACAGAGUAUUUCGAGCAUUUGACAAAGACAAUGACAGCUAUGUCAGCAUAGCAGAAUGGAUUGGAGGAUUAUCAGUAUUUCUUCGGGGAACACUGGAUGAAAAGAUUAAAUAUUGUUUUGAAGUUUAUGAUUUAAAUGGAGAUGGCUAUAUUUCCCGAGAGGAGAUGUUCCACAUGCUCAAAAACAGUCUUAUUAAGCAGCCAACUGAAGAGGAUCCAGAUGAAGGAGUAAAGGACUUGGUAGAACUUACACUAAAAAAGAUGGAUCAUGAUCAUGAUGGCAGACUGUCUUAUACUGACUUUGAUAAAGCUGUAAGAGAUGAAAAUCUACUCCUUGAAGCAUUUGGACCCUGUCUCCCAGAUGCAAAGAGUACACUUGCAUUUGAAAGCCAGGUCUUCCAAGAAAACAAUGAAUUAUAAAGCAACAUCAGCAGGACUCCAACCCAUCUGUUUGCUGUCAAUGAACAGUCAAGCUCUCCAAGUAAAACUGUGAUAGAACUGAGCUACAUUUUCAGAAAACACAAGAAAUAUCUUUGUUUAGUGGUUUAACUUCUCAAAAUCAGUCUUGUCUUCUGUGCACUGCUGGACAACUGUAAACACAAAGAAAAGCUGUUGAAUAAUGUGUAUUUAUUUUAUUCCUACAUUAUGGAAAAUAAAGCAGCUGCUGCUGUCCCAUCUGUUCUGUGUAUGUAACACAGUACACUGUGUUGUAAGUAUUCAUUUUCAGUUUUUACAAUAGAAAAAAAUAUACUGGUAAACCAAUACAUAUAUUUUCUUAUUUUUGUAUAACUGCUGACUUUGUUGAAGUUUUCAGAAUUAAAAGAGCAAAUACAAAAGCA